AUGGAGAAUUCAACAGAAUUGGGAACCCUAAUAUCCUCCAAAAACAUUUUAUACGCCCGGCGCCGUCCCCUGCGUAGCCGAACUUAUUGCUCGCUCAUUCAUAUCCUGUCUCACUGUCAGAACGACUUACACUCGCCGAGCCCGCAACCAAUUCCUCAAGCACAAGCACAAGCACAAGCACAAACACUAGGUUAUAAUGGUGCAGUUGAAUUUGGGCAAGUGACUGAACACAAUGAAUUGACAAAGCACAAGGAAAUGAAGUUGAAGAAUUUGUUAGUUCAACAAGAACCGGUGGAUGAUAAGAAUAAAGAAAGUAUUGACUCACAGGGUAGAGGUUUAAGUAGUAAACAGAAGGAUGUACAGGAUUUGAUUCACACAAAUGUAGCAACUGAAGUCGAUGGGCAAGUUGCUCAAGCAAAUAGUAUUGUCCAUAAAGAUUCUGUCAUUGACAAAGCACAUAGUAGUGAUUGCUCCAUCAAGAGCGUUAAUGAACUAGAGAAUGAGAAUGUUAAUUGUAUUCUAGAGCAAGUGGCCCUAGCAAAUAGUAAUAUCUAUAAAGAUUCUGUCUUAGACAAAGCACAGAUUAGUUAUUGUGCCAUCAAGAGUGUUGAUGAACUAGAGAGUGUUAAUUGUGUCCCCGAGCAACUACAAGUUGCUCUCGCAAAUAAUACUAUCCAUAGAGAUUCCGUCAUAGACAAAACACAGACUAGUGAUUGCACCAUCAAGACUGUGGAUGAACUAGAGAAUGUUAAUUGUGUUCCAGAAUUUCACAUGGAGGAUAUUGGUUAUUGUAGAGAACCAGAAUUGAAUAAGGAAGUCUGCACUGUGGGGGUAUUUGAAGCUAUAAACUCUUGUUUUGGCAUAGAUAUGGCUUCUGAAUCAUCAAAACUUGGUGAGAACUGUGAAGAAAAGGGCUCUAGUUUAGAUGGAAGUAUGUCAAAAGAAGUUGAGGAUCAGUUGCAGCUGAAGGAGAUUGAAUUCGAGAAACUUAUAUCUAAUACAGGUUCAACAGAUUUUUCUAAUUGUGUAACUGCAAAUGAAGAGAUUGAAGAAGGGGAGAUAUCAGGAGAAGCUGGGGUAUACAAUGAUUUAAUGGAUGAAUUAUUUGAAGAUUCAAUGCUGUUGGAAGAGAGGACAAUGGAAGGGGGGCAGAUUUCUGGUGUUGAUAAAGAAGUGUUCACUUGGGAUGAUGAAGAUAGAGGUUUUAUCAGUGGUGCUUUCGACAGUAUGGAUGAUGAUAAUGAUCCCAUGGAGGUAGAUAUUGUCAGAAAAAAGCAGGAUAGUCUAUAUCAAAUUGUUGUUCACAAUAGUGAUAUGGACACUCAAAGCAUUGAUCCUAUAGGUGCCUCUUUAGAAAAUCCAUCUGCACAUGGCGAAAUCCUUGAAGAAAAUAAUGUUGAAAAACAAGUUUCUGUCCCCAAUGAACAGGCUGCCAGUGGUGACAAAAAGAAAAAGAAGAAGGGUCCUUUGACCAAGGAAAGAAGAGAGAAGAAAAAGAAAAAAGAUAGGAUCAAGCGAGCCGAAAAGAAUAGAAAGCUUGGGGUUAAAAGAUUAAAGCUGCAACCAGUUCUGAAAACAAAAACAAUUACUUAUUGCCGCCACUAUCUAAAGGGGAGAUGCCUGGAGGGUGAGAAGUGCAAAUUUUCGCAUGAUACAAUACCCUUGACAAAAUCGAAGCCAUGCUGUCAUUUUGCACGUCACUCUUGCAUGAAAGGAGAUGACUGCCCAUUUGAUCAUCAACUCUCCAAGUACCCAUGCAACAAUUAUACAUCACAAGGUUUUUGCAGUAGGGGUUCUGACUGUUUGUUUUCACACAAGCUGCUAGCUGAAAGUUGCUCUCCAGCAUCAAAUGUCUCCAAGCCUGAAAUGAAGUCUCAACAGCAGAUGAUGCCAGCUACAAAAGGUUCCUUUACAGCAUCCAAUUUGACCAAACUUGAAGUGAAGACUCCUUCCUUGCUAACUAAUUCAAAACCUGAUAAGCAUUUGAAUAUUCAUGGCACCUCUCAUCAAAAUGGUGAUGCUAAGUUCUCCGCCAUGGAAUCCCCUGGUAACAGUGUGGAACAGCAUGUUUCAAAUCCUAUGCAAGGAGCUGUUGCACUGGCACCAAAAGGAGUUAAUGUCCUUUUUCAUGCGAAGUCAUUGCUAGGUGACUCCAGUAAGCAUAAACAAGCUGGCUUAUCUCUGAAAGCAGAUGUUGGUAAUAAUGUUGUCUGUGGUACAAUGUUUAAAGUGUCAGGCAACAUCCAGAAGCCGAACGAAUUAGCCAAGACAGUGCGUCCAAGGAAACCAGUGGGAAUAAAUUUUUUAUCCUUUGGCAAAGUCCCCUCAGAUGAUUCUAAUAGUAAAACAUUCUCAAGCUUGUUUUUAACCGAGAAUAAUGAAUUUGAGAAGCCUUCAUUAGAUGAUUCAACUGAAGCAAAACAUGCUCGCUUUUCUCAGAAGAGCUGUGACAAUGUUCAAGUUGACAGUCAAAUCAGCGAAAGUACAGUGGAUUUGGUACAGAAUAUGAAGGAAAAUGCAAAGAGGACUUCUACAGUUGCUGCACCUUGGGGCACUAAGUUCCUUUCGUUUGACAAAGGUCCAUUAGAUGAUUCUAGUGUAAAGAAUCAAGCUGGUUUGCAUCCUAAUGAUGGCAACAUUUCGUUACCAUUUGUUCAAGAGAAAGAAAUUACACUGGAUAGACUUCAAAUCCCCCCUAAAAUGCCUUCCAAUCCCUUUGGCCUAUCCAUAGAUCCGUCAGCAGUUGGAUGUAGCACAAGUAUAUCAAGAUCUUCGAAGGCAUCGCUCUUGUUAAACACACCUAGCUCUGUACAGAAGGCUGUCCAGUCAACAUUAGCAUUCGCAGCGAAGUUCGAGCCUGAAAUUAAAUUGAGUCGCUCCAUUGGUUCUCCUGCUUUCCGUGAAGAGAAUUUUGACGGUGGCGAUGAUGGCGGUGGAGGGUUUUGUUCAGAACUGCCGAAUUCUAUGGAGGGGCUGAGAAAAGUGGCGCAGCCGCCAUUCUUGAAGAAGACAUUUGAAAUGCUUUGUUUGACAACUAAAUACUUAUUGUUUCAGGAAGAUCGACUCCGAUAUAUGGGAAUUCGCGAAUGA